CUUGGUUGAAUAUGUUAAUCCAACAUGGGUGAAUGUCACAAUAACAGCAGCUUCUCCAUGACGCAAGACCUGCCGGAGAAUUGUCCUGACUCUUUCAAUGCCAGCUACGAACUGGACUAUGGAGUUCCACGGGAGGAGAUACCCGAUACAACGCAGGGCUGUGCGUUUUUUGUGGCCACCAUUGUCAUAGCCAUGGUCCUGGUCUGUAUCAUAUUAAUCUGUGGCAUUGGCAACUGUCUGUUCAUUGCCUCUCUGGCGCGCUACAAAAAACUCCGUAACCUCACCAAUCUCCUCAUUGCUAACUUGGCCGUGUCGGAUAUUCUGGUGGCUGUAGUGUGCUGUCCGUUUCUGUUGGAUUACUAUGUGGUGAAGCAGCUGUCAUGGGACCAUGGGCUUGUCCUGUGCGCCUCAAUCAACUACUUACGCACGGUGUCCCUGUAUGUGUCCACCAACGCGCUGCUGGCAAUCGCAGUGGACAGGUACAUGGCCAUCGUCCACCCUAUGAAGCCUCGCAUGAAGUACCAGACGGCCUACAGCCUGAUCCUGGGCGUCUGGAUCGUACCCAUCGUCAUCUCCGUCCCCUCUGCCUACUUUGCGUCCGAGACCACAUACCCGCGCAUCUCCAGUCAGAGCCACAAGACCUUCUGCGCCCAGAUCUGGCCUGUGGACCACCAGCUCUACUACCGCUCCUACUUCCUCUUCAUCUUCGCCCUGCAGUUCGCCGGGCCCGUGGCCAUCAUGGCCGUGUGCUACGCCAGGAUCUUGCGGGAGCUGUGGUUCAAGAGCGUGCCCGGCUUCCAGACAGAGCAGAUCCGGAAGCGGCUGCACAAACGGCGGAGGAUGGUGGUGGUGCUGAUUCUGGUGCUGGCUGCCUACGUGCUCUGCUGGGCACCGUACUACGGCUUCACACUGGUACGGGACUUCCACCCCAUCUUGAUCUCCAGGGACAGGAACUCCCUGGUGGCCUUUUACAUUAUCGAGUGCGUCGCCAUGAGCAACGGGGUCAUCAACACGUUGUGUUUCGUGAGCGUCCGCAACAACGCCAAGUGCAUGCGGACAGUGACCAGGCUGCGCUGGAAGUCUGUCAAAUGUGCAGCGGGAAAGACGGUGGAUGAGCACACCUCGUCUUUGCGCGUGACAGAGGAUGUUGACUGCACACGGCUGAGAUAGAGACGAUCAUCUCAGGAUCGGGCCUCUAUCGAAAGGUAGAACCAGCAGUAGACUAAGUGGAUUCUGGGAGGUUGCACACUUUUCCUGUUUUUUAAGAUCCAAAAGAGUGAGAUAUAAGAUUGAGUCAAGGGAACGGUUUGGCGUUGGACAAGAGGUCCAGACUGCUUGACACAGAGUAGUGCUGCAUGAUAAUGGCAAAAAAAUCUGAUAAAACUGAUUUUUCUGACCAAAUAUUGCAAUUUGACUUGCGAUAUACAGUAGAUCAAAACACUUGGUGAAUUAUAUAAAUCAAAUAAAAUGAUUUAUAUUAAGAAGCAAAGUGGAAAGCAGCAUUGUUCUUAUGCUUUGACUGCAUUUGACCUAACAGAACAGCAUGCAACCUUAGAGUGAAUCUAACAGCGAGGAGGAAGAACUGCACUGUUCGAGUAACAGGGGUUAGGGCUUUGUAUGUGGGAAGAAUUUUGAUGUGAAUUGUAUUAAUUGUGCAGCCCCAACGCAGUGACAAUGCCCUGCCAAGUUCAUACGGGCACAACGCCUCACAUUGUCACUGCUACCAUACCACGGAAGCCAUUUUGAAAAAACUUGAACGUUUAAUGGAAUUAGAACUUCUUCACAAUGUGGAAUUACUCACGAGGAGGGUAUUCGACUUUGAAGGGAUUUUGCCUGUAUUUAUUCAAGAGGCUUGAUUUGAUGUAAUCCUGGAGGUUACUAAACAAACAGGUUAUUUCAAGUCUAUGUUUUACAAUAAAUAACUGAUCAGUUUGUAGUGUUUUAUAAUACACAUUUGUAUUUGAAAUAUACAUCGUUUUUAAAUAAUAAGAAGAGUGCUCUCUAUUCUUCUUUUAAAAUAAAUAUAAUCCAACCGAAACUAGCAGAUUUAUCGAAUCAAAGAAUCUAAGAUAAAUCUACUGUGACGUGGGACGAGCUAGACAAUUAAGAGUUAGGAUAGAUCAAGAUGGAUCAAUUAAUUUAGAGAUGCUUUCUUGUAUGACACUUUUUUUUACCAUACAUACUCUCAAAACACAUGAUUGAAUAACAUUCCAUUCACAAAUCCAGACACAUUACUUUGACAUUUUCUAACAUGCCAUUCCCCACCAGCACCUCACUGACAGUGCUCUUAGUGCAGGUAAUCAUGAGACCAAGUGGAGAAUACAGUGUAGUGGAGCACCAUUACCAAAUAACAUAAUCCCAUAAUUAAAGUACCAAGCCAGCUACCAAAUUGGCACAAUACCAAUUAAGCAUUUCACUGUAAAGUCUACACUCGUUGUAUUCGCGCAUGUGACAAACCCAAUUUGAUAUGACAUUGGCUACCGGAGGGGUCACACUGUAAAGCCUAGCAUGUGAUAGGAGUGAGAUUAGGGGGAAAUAGCCACUCCAAGUUGGUGCUGGUCCCAGAUCAGCUUCAAAAGCAUGGGAGGAUAUUUUGGUGACAUCGUCGCUGCUUCUCUCGCUAUCAAUGAAGUUCACCUCAGUUUCAAUUUGUAAUGUCAAAUAAAUGUCUGAAAGAAAUUCCCUACUGAUAAUCUGUUCAAGUAGAGGGAGAAAUAAAAAGUUGAUUUGAAGUCUUGAAACCAGCAGGUUCAUAUUGGCGUUGAAAUUCCUCAGGCUACUUUUCAGUUCUCACUGCUACCUUUUGGGAUAUCAAGGGUGACGAUAACUAUAAACCAUUAGGUUUAAUCAAAACUGUAUUUUAGGAGUAAAUAAAUUACGGAAAGCAUGUCACUUUUGUUGCCUACCAGUUUUUCUUACUCUUUUACAAAUUUGCUGUUAACGUUUCCAUAUGAUAGCGCCAUACAUGGGGGCUCUUACAUUUGUAAUAGCAUCAUUUGUUGUUUGUUGCCUUGCUUGUUAUGCUACGAGACCAACAGGAGGCUCUUCUCCAGUUAGCUUGUACUUGUUAUGAGACAUGCGCUUGGCAUUUGCAGUAAUUCAAGUCAGAACCCUUACCACUUCUAGGCUCGAAUUAGUCAUAGAAAUCCAACAACCUGCCUCCGCAUUAUGUAUGUUUUUCCAGCAGGUUCCAGAAAAUGUGAAAGGAGAACAUGCCAUGAAGGAUACUUUCAGUAUUUUCACCGUAUGAACAUUUAAGAAUAUAUUUUUAUAAUGUAUGGAGCUGCGUUUACCUGAUUUUGCGAUGCUGUCCACAAAAGAGGGUGAAUUGUGAGGGAGAUGUUAUUAAACCCGCUACUCGGAUGAAAAACACGAGGCCGCCAGGCUGUGUUUUUGUUUAUGAACGCAUGUGGAUUGGAUCACAAAAUGAGUGGUCAAACUGGACGACAAAAUAUAUAAUUUGCUCACAAAAAAAACAACAUGUAUAAUUAAACACGAUUACACUCUGGGCUCUCAUGAUCUCAGAGGUGAUCAUGUAAUUGGAACCAUGAAUAAGGAAGUGAAUGUGCCCGGUUCAGAAUGCUUUACAGUGACCAAGUGAG